AUGUGAAUUAAGUUCGCGCCAAAUUUCAGGAACAUUUGCAGUAGUUCUCCGCAUGUAAACAAAAGAUCGAAAAAGAAGACAAUUUAUCAAAUUUGUCAAAUUUCAGCCUUCAGAACAGUAGAAAAUUGUACAGAAAUUAUUCUUUACAAGUGCAAAAUGGAGUCAACUACAGAGAAAAGCUGUUUAGAAGAGAUUUCAACUCUUGUCUUUGAUUCUUGUGAAAAGGUGACGUUGAAAACAAUUUCCAAUAAUUGGAUGAUAAAAACUGAUGUUGCUAAAGACGUUCUUUCAAAAUGGUUAGAUCAAAACAAGAAAAAAGAUCUUGAAAUUGAAAUUGAAUAUCUUGUGACGGGAUUGAAUCCUCAAGGAACGUUCUCUAUUAGCAUUGCUACAAAAGAGAAGAAAUCAUUGCUAGAAAAGAAAUGGAAAAACUUUGGAUCAUGGAUUUACAGCGUUGAGAUAAAAUCAAGUUCCAGAAAGUUAAAUCUUCCAGAUUACGAGCCAAUUAAAAUGAAAAAUAUUCUGUUGAAAGCUGGUAAUCAUAGAGAUCUUCAUAUUCCUAAAAUAGCAACGGUUAAACAAGAACCAAUCGCUAAGGCUGAGCCUCCAAAAGCCAAAACUCCUUUCAAUGUAAUUAAACCAGCAACCAAAGUUGAAAUCAAGAAAGAAAAUCCAAAGCCUGUCGCAAUAUCAGAAGAAAAAGUUGUCAAAGAAAUUUCACCUAAUAAACCUCAACAAAAAGCUUCAUCAAAAACUGCCAACUCAAAGAAUCAAAAGCCAGUGACGAAAGGAUCAAUUUCCUCGUUUUUCAACAGCAAGCCAAGUUCAAGUAAAGCUUCGGUGGAAAAACCUUCGGAAGUUGUUGUGAAGAAAGAAGAAAAAGCCCCUGAAGCAGAUGUAAUCGUUGUAACUCCAGAAAAGAAGUCUCAGAAAAAAGAGGCAUCAAAGAAAAAGAAAACAAUUAAAUUAAAGGAAACAGCCAACAAUAAACGUUCAAGAAUUCGUGUCAUGCAAGAUUCUAGUGAUGACGAUCAAGAAGAUGAAGAAAAAGAUUCUGAAGAACCAGAAUCUAAACUCAUCAAGUUUGAUCGUGAAUUCACACCUGAACGCAAGACUCCUUGCAAAGCUUCACCUGAAAAGACUCAAGUUGAAGCAGAAAAAGUUAAACGUAAAUGCAAGCGUUGGGUCACAAAACGUUAUCAGACUGAAGAUGGAUUUAUGAAGACUGAACGUGUUCAAGAAGAAUAUUCAGCAUCUGAAGAUGAAAACGAUGAAAAUAAGAAGAAAAAUUCACCACCGACUGUUGUUAAAAAGACGACACCAGCGAAGAAGUCGACGACAUCAAAAGCACAAUCUGAACAAAUAAAUAAAAUGGAACAUAAAAAUUUUCUUUUAAUUUUUUCUGUUCUUCUUCUUUCAAUGACUUGCAAUGGUGAAAGAUUCAUCGUAAAUGUCGUUGAAUAUGAAAUUGAAAAUGCUGGAGUAUCAACUCUUAAAUGUGCUGGAACGAUUAUAUCAGAUCGACAUGUUGUGACUACCGCUGUUUGUGCCAUUGCAGCACCAACUCGCAGAAUUGCUGUCGAAGUUGACACUAUAGAUGGUGUUGGAAGUAUCACAGUUAGGUAUGACGCAACAGUAAGAAUUCAUCCCGAUUUUGCUGCCACUAUAGAAUACAACGUGGCUGGUUUAGAAAUUGAUGGCAUAUUUGAUCGACCCAGAUUUAGUCCACUUUCGCUUGGUGCUUUGAGUAAUCAAACAUGUUUCCUUUAUGGAUGGGGAGCUGUCAAUUCUGAACCACGACGAGAAUCAGUGACUGUUAAUUUCCCAGACUCCUGCGCUGGCGACAACCCACAAGCUUAUUGUUCGAAUUUCAAUAUUUUGGAGGUCAUUUCUCGUUGCAACGGUUUACUACCAGGUUCACCUCUCAUUUGUGGAGAUGGAAAUGUUGUUAAUGGAAUGGUUUUGAAUGGCGGCUGUAACACUUUCCAACCUUAUCUCUAUUAUCACUCUAUGGAAGAGUUCAGUUCAUGGAUUCUUUGGGAAACAGCUGGUGCUGAGAUGACUACCAAAGUGUCAGGUUUCCUUCUUUUUGCUGCAUUGCUGACUUGUUUGAAAAACAUUUUAUAAACAAUUUGCUGAUUUAAAUUCGAAAUAAAUUUACUGACAUUCGAAAAAGUUAAAAA